AUGGCGUUUCUCAUCCCCUUACUGCUCCCACACAUCGUCGAAGCAGGCGCGAACAUCGGCAUAGGCAUCUCCAAUGCUAUACAAGGCGACCACUCAAAUGUAUCGUUCCAGAUCGGCGGAAAGGUCUUCACGUCCCGGAAGAGCUUUGAUCUAGGGAGUUUGCCGCCGGAGCUGAGGGUGCGGAUACUGCUCGAUGCGCUGCAGGAGAGCGUUGACUACAUCCAACCCGCUCCUCUAGCAGUGGACCCUCUUGGCUCACGCUAUCUCGAACUGCAGCGUCAGAUCCCACUUCACGCAGGACAGAAGAACUACCGGUCCAUCUAUGGCGAUACAGUCUCCGCUAAUGGAUACCCGAUCAGUAGUUGGCGGUGGAGCGGAGUAUGUCGCGAGUGGCGAGAUGAGCUUCGGGCAGGAUUGUGGAAGGAUCUUGAGGUCGUGGGCCAUCGACCGUGGAGGAACCUACUAGCUAUGAUCGAGUCCAAGAAGGGCGCGGCGGAUAUACUCAAGCUCGCCAAGACUGUAACGCUCCGGGAGGGCUUCGACUCUACCAGCGAUCUAUAUGCCAUUCUCUCUUGUCCAGCUCUAGAUAGCCUGGAGGCCAUCUCCAUCCUGCCCGAUUACCCCACUCCCUUCCACCCCUUCAUCCCUCCGAUCCCCAGCUUCGCAUUCGGCUUCCAGCUCAUCCGGACCCAGAAGGACCGCCUGAAAUCCCUAGUCUACGGCCUCCCUCUCGAAAGCUCCACCAACGAAGCAUCGCGUCAACAGCUCGCCGUCCUCCGCCCUCGUCACCUAACGCUCUCCUUCGUCCGGCCCACCAUCCCCCUCUUCAAAGAGCUCGCGGGUCUCGUAGGGUCCACUACCGAGACGCUGGUCAUCCAGUACAUCCCCGCCGGUUCAGGCAGACUCGUCACCUCCAAUAUCCUCCUAUGCGAGCCGCUCCAGGACUUCCGUAAAAUCAUCAUCCACCUCCACCUCCCCAGCCAGCGAUACGAGAUUCCCGGUCCCUUCGGGCAGCGUACCUUCGUACCCCAGAAAGACCCGCAGGUGAUCUCGGAGUUUCUCGCCAGCCUCAUCAGUGCGCUGGAGGUGGAAGAGGAGGAGGUCAAGGAGCGGUAUGAGGUAUGGAGGGUCGAAGGGUGGGAUAUACCCGGUGCGGCCCAUCAGGCGACCAAGAGGCGGUUGUGGCCGGAGAUAGUGGAGGUUGAGGAUGAGAAGAGGGAGAUGGAGGAGGUGGUCAAGGAGAUGGCGGAGGCUUCGGGCAGCGGGGCAUCAGGUGGAGGGUUCUUGGAUAAGAUGAUGGGCAAGCAGGCGGGAGGAAGUGCUGCGCCGCCGAAAGAGAAGGAGAGGCAGCAUUGGGAUAGGGAGACGAAUUUGAGGUUGUUGGGUGGGCUGGUGAAUCUCAGGCUGGAGAGUAAGAAGCACUGA